GUCAGAGUGAGUCAUCUUACUCUCAAACGAUCUUUGUCCCGGCUUCUCUCUCUCGCCUCCCGCAGCGGAUCAGAGUGAACCUUCUUCCUCGGCAGAAUGGCAGGCAGCGUGUGGAGGUCAAUGCUGACCCAGGUGGUGGUGGGGGCGGUGAGGAGACCCGCUCUCUCUUCGGCUUCCUUUUCCAGGGGGAUGCAGACAGUCACACUGAUUCCUGGCGACGGGAUCGGUCCGGAGAUCUCCACUGCUGUCAUGAAGAUCUUUGAAGCUGCAAAAGCUCCGAUCAGUUGGGAGGAGAGGAACGUGACGGCGAUAAAGGGACCUGGUGGAAAAUGGAUGAUUCCUCCUGACGCCAAAGACUCCAUGGACAAGAGCAAGAUCGGACUGAAAGGACCCCUGAAGACGCCCAUCGCUGCAGGUCACCCCUCCAUGAACCUGCUGCUGAGGAAGACCUUCGACCUUUACGCCAACGUGCGACCCUGCGUCUCCAUCGAGGGCUACAAGACUCCGUACACCGACGUCGACCUGGUCACCAUCCGAGAGAACACAGAGGGCGAGUACAGCGGCAUCGAACACGUGAUUGUCGACGGCGUCGUUCAGAGCAUCAAACUGAUCACAGAGAACGCCAGCAGACGCAUCGCUGAGUACGCCUUCGAAUACGCCAGAAACAACCAAAGAAACAGCGUGGUGGCUGUCCACAAAGCCAACAUCAUGCGGAUGUCAGACGGGCUGUUCUUGAGGAAAUGUCGGGAGGUGGCCGAGAACUUCAAAGACAUCAAGUUUACUGAGAUGUACCUCGACACCGUGUGCCUCAAUAUGGUUCAGGAUCCAACCCAGUUUGACGUACUGGUCAUGCCCAACCUGUACGGAGACAUUCUCAGUGAUCUGUGUGCCGGUCUGAUCGGAGGACUCGGAGUCACCCCCAGUGGAAACAUCGGAGCUAACGGAGUCGCCAUCUUUGAAUCGGUUCACGGCACGGCCCCCGACAUCGCCGGCCUAGACAUGGCGAACCCCACCGCCCUGCUGCUCAGUGCUGUCAUGAUGCUGCGUCACAUGGGACUCCACAGCCAUGGCAACAAGAUCCAGGUGGCGUGUUUCGACACCAUCAGAGACAAGAAGGUGCUGACUAAGGACCUCGGUGGAAACUCCAAGUGUUCAGAGUUUACAGCUGAAAUCUGCCGUCGCAUCCAGGACAUGGAAUGAGUCUGCAGUGAGGGAGCGGCUGUGGGAGUCUCCGCCCACACAAAGAGCCACGCCUCCUCCUCCUCCUCUCUCCUGCCUCCUCUUCUGCUGACUGGUUUUACAUCUCUGAAGCUGCAGGGACACAGUCAGCUGGGAGGCCUGCUGCAGCUUCUGUCUUUUGUUUUUUUCAUUCUACUGUAAUUACAUGAAGAAAAAAAUCUGUUCUUUCUGUAAUGACAUGAUGGAUGUGGAGGGGGCGGGGCUUCUGUAGCAGCUACCUUGAUUUAGUUAUCAUGAUGAAACAUUCACAGCAAACAUGCGCACAAAUGUCUCAUGACCAAGUUUGAAUGAAAUAAGUUCAGGAGUGUGUCUUACUCAAAGGAUCAUCAUAAUAAUAUCAAUAGUAUCUGCACUCUUCGGGAUAUUUGCUAUUUUUUUAACAGUGAUGCAGUGUAGCCGUACCUGAAAUGUCUUCUUAUUUAUUGUUUCCUGUUACCGUCUCAUGCUGCUUUCUUCAGUUUCAGAGAUCCACCAAUAUAUAAACGUCUAUAUAAAGAAAGAGAACACACUG